UUUCGUCUACAAGCGUUUUGACAUGACAAGCUUUCACUUUUUCAACCGUGUGCUUCAGAGCUUUGUGAUUACAAACCUUCUUUGCACCAAUGCACACGGGGAAAAUGAACCUUGUGAACCCCACAUCCGAGAUGAUUUAAACAAAAACACUUGCAGUGACAAUUCAAAACCAAAUUCAAUGGCCCUGGUUGUCUACACCCCAACACACCUGAGCGCUUUCCGAGAAGAAACAAAGACGUUUACUUUUGCUGGGCAAACUGUCACCAUUCGACAAAGAUGGGAGGAGCUAGGGGUUGCUGCAGUUGUGUGGGAUGCUGCAGUGGUUCUGGCAGAAUAUCUGGAGUCGAAUGCACAGCAGCUCAAUUUAAGUGGAAAAUCUGUCAUUGAGCUUGGAGCUGGAACAGGACUUGUAGGGACCGUAGCUGCUGUUCUUGGCAGUAAGGUGGUAUUGACAGAUAGACAAUUGGCCCUGGAUCAGCUCCAGGCAAAUGUGGAGGAGAACGGCCAAGAAUCUGGUGUCAGAAGCGGGAUGAUUUCCGUCCAGGAGUUGAGCUGGGGCGAGAACCUACAAGAGUUUGAGACACCAUUUGAGAUCAUCCUGGGAGCGGACAUUGUGUACGUGGAAGACACCUUCCCUAAACUCUUACAGACUAUGGUUCAUUUAAGCAACAGGGAUACGUUAGUGCUCCUGUCCUGCAGAAUUAGAUACGCGAGGGACGAGAGAUUUCUAGAUAUGAUGAGGGAACGAUUUUCGGUGGUUGAAGUUCUUCACGACAGAAGCAGGGACAUCCAUGUGUAUCAAGCCAGACUACUUUGAAUUCAGGAUGUACAAUGUACCAAAAAUCUGAGAAAAAUAACUUAAUAUUAAAGCAUUCAAAUUCUGUACACAGUCUAUGAACACAAGAGCGUCAUUCCAGUGGCACUUCAAUUGUGUCUUAUUAAGGGUUAUCUGUUUAAUUAAAGUGCUAAAAAAACUUCUGGUAGAUGUGCCUUUUUAUUUUUAAUAUACAAAACAUUUCGGGGCAGGCUUCAGAUAGACUUCAACACCCCCCCAAAAAAAAUUAUUCGCAGGCUAAAUACAAUGUUCCAUCUUUCAAAAGAAACAAAAACUUGAAAACAUAUGUAUACAUUUCAAUAAAAUAGUACUAACAAAACUGGCAACUUGGGUUACCAUGAGUUCUUAUGAUUUGUCUUAUCUUGUGAAUGUGUGCAGAUCUAGGCUGAACUGCAUGGAGGAACUAUUACUUGGACAAUCGUAAGGCGCUCUGGCAAAGUUGAGACAGAACUGGGCAGAGGUUGAAAUAAGGGUUUGCGGGUAUUGGGAAUGAGAAUAAAUGCUCCUUCCAAAACUGUUCGUUGUAAUUUAAUUGGACAUUCCAUUGGCAAGUUAUGAUUGUUUAAAGUUUGUAUUAAUCAACAUGUCAAAAAAAUAAAAUACUGAGAAAAAAGGUAUUGAAAGCUUAGAGUUUUGCGGUCUUAUGAAAAAUGACAAUUGUUUUCCUUAAAAAAAAGUUUUAUUCAAUGAUUUUUUUACUUUUUCUUUAAAAUACGUGUAGUAGACCUACCAAUAUCAAUAAAUCUGGGGAAAAAAAUCCACCUCCGUUUUUUUUUUUACAUUUUCUCCACUUCCGCAAAACGCCUCGCAUAAGGAACUACAUGUAUAAGAAAUUGGCUUGUGGCCCUGCCCAAGAAUUUGAACCAAAAAGUCUAAAGCAUUGACAACGGUUACUUCAAUAGAGAAAUACAAACUUACAUUGAAAUACUUUAUUAUAUUUGUAAAUAAACUGCCAACAUAGGGCUAGAUAGCUCAGUUGUUCGGAAGUAGCAAAUUGAUAGUCCACUGCAAUCAAUUUCUAUGUUCACAUUAUGUUGAGCUUUAAAAUUACAAACAUGAAUUCAGUAUUAAAUACAUGUACAAAAUUUGACCUUUCCAGUAUGUCAAACCAAUGAUUGUGUUGAAUUCAUUUCAAAAUGUACCCCUGCACUGUGACUUUAAGUGAACUAUGUCUUUGAUAUUAACAAACUUAUUGUCCAACUACAUAAUCAAUACGCCAUUUGUUCCUUAAAGGAACAACCUGUUCUCACAACUAGCAAUUUAUUACAGAAUGGUUUGAUGUAUCUUUUGGCCUUAGUGUACAAGUGCCUGCUACAUGUAUUAAUAGAUACAAAGUGGUGAAAAUGACGAAGAGUAAAAUAUCGGAAGACAUUUGAGCAACAUUGCUGCUAUACGCUUACACUCGAGUGCAUUAAACUCAU